AUGACCGGCAAUCUCUGCCCAGCAAGGCUACGGGCUUCGCAUCAGGACCGACGUCAAAAUACAAGCUUCCGACGCAAUGGAAAAUUGCAGGCGUGCGAGCCAUGUCGAAAAGCAAAGCUUCGAUGCGACCACAUGAUGCCAACAUGUGGACGAUGUGCUCGGCGCAAUAAGAUAGACAAGUGUGUCUAUCAUCCUGCACCUCUGACGAAGACUGGCUCAGCCUCAGGUCCACGACACACGAGUCUCGAGAGCAGCAGUUCAGAAUCUCUUGGGCCAGAUACCCUCAUCAUGGACUAUACUGAAUAUGAAAUCCAGGAUAGGAUGCCAGACAUCGACGAGGCACACACAAUGCGCCGGACGCUAUCACAGCCUCUGCCAUCUAUUUCCAAUCUGAUUGAAGAAAACUCAGUUACAGCAAUUGGAGUCGUUGGUGCGUCAGACUCCUCUGAUUCCGGAGCGAAUAGUCUAUCCAUUUCAGCUGAGGAUCAACCCCAGCAAUCAAGACUACAACAGCAACGAUCGUCGGCAGACCAAGCCAGUUGGGAAGACGUACAUCAUUUCGACAACAAGGCGGCGUUUAUCAAUGAUUUUGCAGUGUUGGCCGAGAAUGAAUUAAGUAUAGGCAUUCAGCCGCCAACGCUCAACACUGUACUGGUGUCUCAAGUCACGCAGUCGCACAUUGAUCGGGGUGCAGCCGUCCUCACUCUGUUCAAAGACUUUCAGGGUAUACAGAGGUAUAUUGACAAGUGGUUCGCAUUCGCUGGUGGCUUCGUUGUGCUCGGUCCCAUGGUCAAGAUUUACAUGGAUGGCAUAUGGUCAUCGUGGCACAAGACCUUGGAGGUCCAAAAGCCUGCAGACCUUAAACGUAUGUCUGAAAAGAUCUGGGAAAACACAUUGAAGCCGGUCUCCCGGCUCUUAAAUCGACAUACUACGACCCGAGGCUUUUGUGCAAACGUCACAGGGGAACUAGUGAGAUGGGAGAUCAUUGGUAUCAUCAUAACACUAGUAUCUCUUCUCGCACAAUCCCUUAAAGACGGAGACCCGAUCUUUUGCAGUCCUGAAGAUGUCCCGGUAGAUCGCGCUACUCUUGCCCUUCGUAUGCUCAAUGGAUCAGAGAUGUGUGUCAGCUUCUGCGAUGAUUUCAAGAUUCUCAACGAUCUGUACCUGGCUCUUUUGUAUGAAAACUCGAUCGCGUAUUAUACUAUGCGAACAAGAGCGAGCUACGAGAACAGUAAGAAGAUAGCAGCCCUGAGUGCUGCGGCCAUUUGCUGCAAUUUACAUCGUGAUAUCAAAGUCGACGAUGAUACACCAUUCUUCAUCACCGAGCUUCGGAAGCGCCUUUUCAUUUGCGGUUACGCAAACGAUAAACGCGUCGCCAUUUCCGCAGGAAAACCUCCUACUAUGACGAGACAUUAUUGUCAGCUUCAGGUUCCUCUGGAUCUUACAGACGCCCAGAUGAUGUCAGAGGGACUUGACCUUCAGACCGCAGUCCAGGAUCUCGACGAAGAAGGUUGGAACCGACGCAACAAAAUACAUAGAUGUACCUACGCUCGACUCAAUGCAACCAACGCUCUCAUUGCGGAAGAAAUCUUAGAAAUCUCGCUAGGGCACUUGUCACAGGAAGAGAUUAUGCGACGGGCAGGGGAGAUUGAGGCCAAGACUAACAAAUGCUGGGCAGAGUUGCCAGAAUUCCUCAGAAUCAACAUAGAGGAUCCUUGGAACUCCAAAAGAUCGCCUCUUGAGCUCAUUUUUCUGGUAAUUAUCCGUUUAGGUCAUUUGGAGCAUCAUUUUCUGCUGCAGCGGACCAUCAGCAAAACAGCAGGGUUUGGACCAGCUAAUCCGAAUGUCAAUCUGCUACCUGUCUGCGAUGAAAUCUUCCGCUUUGUUCUUCUAAUGGCGGAGAAUAAAGAUUACUUUCGAGACUACCAAACGGACUAUAUCCAGAUGCUCGCAGUGCACGGUGUGCCCACAGCUGCAGUCCUUGCAGUCGAGCUCCUACAUCAGGAGCGCAAUCCUACCGCACUUUCUACACUUUCCUACCCACUACAUCGGUCCGAAACAAUUCAACGUCUUUCCGUCUUCGUAUCCUGUCUUGGCUCUAUAAGAACCGAAGCCUACGGCUCACAAAAUUGUGGUAGAGGCCACAGGUUUCUUAAGAAGAUCCUCGACAUGAUACUGGGGCCUGGACCUGCUGCUAAUACUGCUAUCAUUUCGCCUUCGGGUUUCGAUGAUUUGAACGAUCCUACACUUGGUGCUCCGUUAUUGCAGGCUGGCAGUGACGGAGAUUUCGUGAAAUGGCUAGAGAGCAUGGAAUGGGACCAGGACACAUGGCUGAACUUCAAUUAA